AUGAGCAAGCGGUCUUUCGAGGAGUCCAUAGCAGGGGCACAUCGGUCGCCCGACCACGAUAAUGGCCUGCCGAUCCAGGACAUCCUCUCUCCGGGCGACGAGCACGGCCAGUCAUCCGGACAAUCGAAGAAGCCGAGGAACUUUAUUGCCACAGUUGCAUGUGAGACGUGUCGACUGAAGAAGACGAGAUGCGACGAAUCCCGGCCCCGGUGUGGACUGUGCAAGUCACUCGGGCUUGAAUGCUCGCUCACUAUGAUCAUGAGCACUCUCCAUCGCCUAGAGACAAAAUUGGAGAAUAUACCAUCGUCCAUUUUGGGUGAUCUCCAGUCUCUUCGGAGUCAAAUUCAUACACCCGCGAAUGAAGCACAGACACACACGCUGCCUGCCUUGGCUGAUGAGGGCAGUCAGCUCGUGUCAAUGUUGCCCACGGCUGGGGACAACUUUACGCCUGCAGCCGCUGGAGAUGCAGACGACUUCGAGACCGAAGAGAGUCAAACUAAACCGGACUCUGUUGGUCGGGUCUCCAUCUCCUUCAGCCAACAUGGUGUCAUUGAGUGGCCUGGUGCCCGAAAGAUCCUCCCGCAGCACUUAUUGGCCGUAUAUCAAAUACUUGGAAAGAAUUAUGUGAUUGAGCUGGAAUCUGCGCGAGAUCCGCUACCUAUGUUCACCAGCCCAUUCCCAUUACAAGCAGGAGAUCACUGGUUAGAGGUUCUCCCGCUUGCGAUGAUCAGGGGUCUAGCGGAUGCGUUUUUCAACGUGUUCAACCCCUUCACACCCAUCAUGGACAGGGGAUUUUUCUUUUCCUUCACCCUUGGGACGGCCAUUGAAAGUACACAGGGCCAUCGAUUUGAGCCCCCAGACUGGAUCAACGUUGUAUACGAAGAGCAGCCCGGACUACGGUUCUUCAACGAGGCUCGGAGGCGUAUUGGCUUCUUGAUGUGCGACAACGACCUUCAAAGUUGUCAAUUUUAUCUUCUUUCCUCCGUAUAUUACAACCAAAUCCCGCGUCCGAUGGACUCCUGGGCGAUGAUCCACCGCGCAGCCACUUGCUGUCUGUCAAUGUUGACCAACCAUAAAGUGAACUUCGAUGAAUGGGAAGGCGACAUGAAAUCUCGCGUAUAUUGGAACUGUCUCAUGAACGAGACCAUCUUGGUACAAGAGCUCCACCUACCUUCAAGUGGUCUCUCCCGCCUAGAGGAGCAAGUCCCAAUACCCAAAUUCAUCGGCUUCGAAACGACAAGUUACGCCUCCAAUCGAUUCAUCUCAUCGAGCGGAGUUGACGACUCAUACUUCCAAUACCAUUUCCUAGCCCAAGUGGCCCAUCGCAUUAUCCUGACACGGAUCCGCCACUCCCUAUACUUCUACUCCGACUCAGGAACUUUCCCCCUUCCAGCCGUAAAUACCGAACUUCACCAUCAAUUAGAACAGUGGCGCACAAAUCUCCCCAAGUCAAUCCAGUUCAACCACUCCCCUUACUCCGCUCACCUCGCCUCAUCUCAUCCAACUCCGGGGACUCCCUCCAUGCACCCUUCUCCUUCUACAUCUGUGGCAUCUCCAGCCCAAAUUUCUUCCCCAAGACCCAGAACGGACCAGAAUCGACCCCUCUCGCCCGGAACGGCAGUCACAGAUGCCAUGCUCCAGGGUCGCUACCUGAUCGCGCGCUUCCACAUUGGCCGGCCAUAUCUUUACAAAGCGCUUCGCAUUCCACAUCUCCUAACAGACGAAGACUUCGUACAGGUCAGAAGUGGUCUUCAAAACGCCAUGGGGUGGCCGGUCACGCAAGGAAUUUUCAGGAAAAUGAAAAGUUGUAUUCCAAUUAGAUUUGCAUUUUGUUCACAGUUUUUCGGUCAAGUCCUACUCUUUUAUUGCAUAGCCCACUCACCAAGUCAGCGAGUUCGUGAGACUUUGCCAGACGGUUGGGAACGUUGGAAUGAGGAAAUGCUGGGUUUCUUACAGGAUUGUGCACCGCACAGCCCGGCUGUUGCGCAGGACCUCGACUUGUUGCGCUCCUUAUGGCCGGAGAAAUGA